UGCUUGGCUUUUGGACGCGUUGCAAGUGCUUGCGGAAUAUUUGAGGAAUUACUUUGCAUAUACACAUAAUCCCAUAUAUCUAUCUAUUAACAUACACACAUUUAUACGAUGGAUCUGCGUGUUAGUGUGACCGAUAAAGUGAAACUGGCAGCAAAGGCCAUUGGACACAAGGUAGUCCAGUACCGACUAAGCACUGGGCGGACAAAGCUCCUGGAAACGAAAUGCGGAAAGCUGAAGGGCAUGGAGCGAAGGACCGUUUAUGACGGAGAGUCCUAUUACUCCUUUGAGGGCAUACCCUUUGCAAAACCACCACUCGGUGAGCUACGAUUCCGGGCACCACAGCCAGCGGAGCCCUGGAAGGGGGUAAGGGACUGCACCUAUCCCAGAUCGCAACCAAUGCAGAAGAACGCCAUCCUGAAUUCGGUAGAGGGAUCGGAGGACUGUUUGUACAUCAAUGUCUACGCGAAGAAGCUGGAGUCACCGAAUCCGUUGCCCGUUAUGGUGUGGAUCUUUGGCGGGGGCUUUCAGAUAGGUGGCGCCAUGCGAGAUAUCUACGGUCCGGACUACUUCAUGAAGCACGAUGUACUGCUGGUGACCUUCAACUAUCGAGUGGGAGCACUGGGAUUUCUUAGCCUAAAGGAUCGAGAGCUGCAGGUGCCCGGCAAUGCGGGACUCAAGGAUCAGGUACUGGCGCUGCGUUGGAUUCACGAACACAUUGCCAGCUUCAAUGGGGAUGCGAGCAAUAUUACACUGAUGGGAGAGAGUGCUGGAGGUGCUUCUGCCCAUAUCCUGAUGAACACGGAGCAGACACGUGGCCUCUUCCAUCGAGUCAUCGUCCAGUCCGGAUCCGCUCUCUGCGAAUGGGCAACUCAGCCGAAUCGCAAUGCACCUCAAAGACUCGCCAGUCGACUUGGCUGUAAAAAUGCCAAGGCGGAUAAUGAAGCGGAGCUGCUGCAGUUCCUCAAGGAUGCACCUGCCAGCCAGCUGGCUCAGCAUUGCAACUCGAUUGUGUCCCAGGAGGAGCAUCGCAACUACGAGAUCAUUGCCUUUGGCCCAGUCGUCGAGCCGUAUGUGGGCGAGGAUUGCGUGGUGCCACGUCCCCAUCUCGAGCAAUUGGCCAGCGCCUGGGGCAAUGAACUGCCCUUGAUCAUUGGUGGCACCUCAUUUGAGGGUCUGUUCAGCUACCAGACGACCCUGCAGGAUCAAGAGUACAUGCUCAGUGCCUUUGAGCCCCUCAUCCCGCAGCCCGUCCGCGACACCAUCGAUGCCAAGGAGCUGAACGAGCAGCUGCGUCGCCUCAAGCUCGCCUAUUUCGAGGAUGCGGAACGAGGCAAAAUGGAACUCUUCGAGUGCCUUCGUGUGUUGAGUGUCAAGAACUUUUGGCAUGGCAUUCAUCGCACUCUACUUGCCCGUGCCGCCUAUGCGCCUGCCACGCCCACCUAUUUGUAUCGCUUCGAUAUGGAUUCAUGCCAUUUUAAUCAUUAUCGCAUGCUGAAAUGCGGACGACAUGUGCGAGGCGUCUGCCAUGCCGAUGAUCUCUCCUACAUGUUCUACACGCUCCUCUCCAGCAAACUGGACAAGUCCACACCGGAGUAUCGCACCAUUGAGCGACUUAUUGGCAUGUGGACCUCAUUUGCUGCCACAGGAAAUCCCAAUUCUCAGCUCAUUGAGCCCACACAGUGGGAGCCACUGCGUCCAGGGGGAUCCGAGCUUUGUCUCAACAUCUCGGAGCAAUUGGAGUUCAUGCCGUUGCCGGAGAGCAAAGAGUUUGUUGUGUGGGACAGUUUCUAUACAAGAGAAAGUCUCUAUUAAGUUGAACGAUCAACGAUAAAUCAUCGAUAAAUAUACAUUUACAUAAGAUCAUUUGUUGAACUAGUUCCGACCAACUGUUUUAUUUUUAGUUCGCUUUAAAUGUCCAUUGCUUACCAAAUAUUGUAUUCUAUUAAUAUACCAACACACAUUUUGGAUAUCUCCACUGCCAGCAUAACAGACUAAACUUUAAUAGGUACAGCUAUCAAAAUAAACUCAGGAGUCUAACUAGACACGCACCCACUUUUUGGAGAGUACUGUCAAAUCGAAUUCAAAAUAUAGAAAUUGUAAAAACACACUGCCACUGUUUUUCUUAAAUUAUUUUCGACUUGUGCGACUAUAAAAGCGAUAUAAGAAAUAAACAACAAAAAACAUUUUGUUAAAAA